CGGUUGCGCAAUUCCAUUGGGGGUAGAAUCUGGGGCGUUUAAAUACCGCGGGGAAGGUAGUGGUGUGUCUUCUAAGCGUUUUGUCCUCGGAUUUGGAAUUCAUUUUGUGAUUGUGGGUUCCAGGGAGUCAUACUCGAGACUACACUGUGGCGGGACUAUACUGAAGUUACGGCAAGACUGCUUUGAGACUGCCGGCGAGAGACUACGCUUGGACUACGCUUGGACUGCUCCUCGGCUACGACUCGACUACAUCCAGCUUGGCUACACAUCGACUACACACUUUCCGGCCACACCUCGACUACACCUCACCUUCACCUCAACCACCACAACUCCCACCGUUCGCCCAUGACAUCCACCAUGCCACCACCCACAGACCUCAACCCCGGCGUCCCGGGCCUCGACUACUUCACACCCCACCACCUCAUCACCCCGGGCAGCGCACCACCCGAUGCCAAAGCCGCCCUCUUCCGCCCACUCACCAUCCGCGGCACUACCCUGCGCAACCGCAUCCUCGUGGCCCCCAUGUGCCAAUACAGCACCGCCUCGUCCGGCCCCUCGACUGGCGCGCUAACCGACUACCACAUCGCCACGCUGGGCCACUACGCGCUCAAAGGCGCGGCCCUCGUCAUGGUCGAAGCCACUGCUGUCCAGUUCAACGGCCGCAUCUCGCCCAACUGCCCCGGGCUGUGGACCGACGCGCAGAUCCCCGCGCUGCGCCGCGUCUCCGACUUUAUCAAAUCCCAGGGCGCGCUGAGCGCCGUCCAGCUCGCCCACGCAGGCCGCAAGGCGAGCGAGAUCGAGGCGCUGGUGGGCGACUGGGCGGCGGCGGCGGGGCGCGCGGUCGCGGCUGGCGUCGACGUGCUUGAGAUCCACGCCGCGCAUGGGUACCUACUGCACCAGUUCCUAUCACCGAUUACGAAUCGCCGGACGGAUGCGUAUGGUGGAAGUUUCGAGAACCGGACGCGGCUGCUGGUGGAGACUGUGCAGGCGAUCCGCGCGGUGAUUCCGGCGGCGAUGCCGCUGUAUCUACGGAUCAGCGCGACGGAGUGGAUGGAGGAGACGGCGCUGGGACAGUCGCUGGGCAGCUGGGACGUGGACAGCUCGUUGCGGCUGGCGAAGCUGGUGGCGGGGCUGGGCGUAGACCUGCUGGACGUGAGCAGCGGCGGCAACCACCCGGCGCAGAAGCUGAAUCCGUUCGACACCAAGGAUUACCAGACCCGGAUUGCGGCGCGGAUCCGGGAUGAGGUGAAGCGGGACGGCGGUAAGUUGUUCAUUGGCGCCGUGGGGCUGAUCACCGAGGCCGAGCAGGCCCGGGACAUUGUCGAGGAGGGCGGCGCGGUGCGGCAGCGUGGCGGCGAGGCAGACAUCUCGCAGGAAGCCCGCGCGGCGGUCGGCAUGACAGAGGCGCGAGACGGCAACGAGCCCCAGGCUGAUGUGAUCUUGGUGGCACGGCAGUUCAUGCGCGAGCCCGAGUGGGUGCUGCGGGUGGCCCAUCAGCUGGGUGUGGAUGUUGCGUGGCCGAACCAGUUCUUGAGGGUUCGCUUUCCGAAGUUGUAGACUCUGUUAGACGGAUAGACGGUGGUGGUAGAUUUGGCAUGACAUAGACAGCGGUAUCUAGACCGAGAGAAGGCACGCCAAAACAUUUGAAAAUGGUAACACGCAU